AUGCGUGCUAUAUCUUUAGUUAAUCGUCUAGAGUUUCAAUUUAUGGGCAAUGUUGCUAGAAACGCUGUUACUUUGGGCGACGUGGAUAAUGAUGGGUGCAAUGAAUUAAUAGUUGGCAACAAUAAAGGAGAAGUUGUUAUUUUUAAGGGCAAAGAGAAAUUUCAGAAAAUCUCUGAUCUUACAUUUGUUAGUUGCGUGGCUGUCGGAGAUAUUUUCAACAAGCAGAAAAAUUGUUUAGUAAUUGUUACAGCAGAUGGAUGGUGUUAUAUUUAUGAAAUGUUAAAUGAGGGAUCACCACAGUGUGAAGAGCCUGAGAAGGUAGAUGAAGAUUUAAGUCAGGUUGAUGGCCAAGUUCAAUCAAGUGAAACAUUGGAACAGAGUACGGAAUCGAGCAAAAGUCAGUCUGAGAAAGAUGAAAAACCCCAACUGACGUGUGUUCAUAUUCAGAGAAUACCAGCAAACGCUAAGAAUAUCGUCCUUGGCGACAUAGACAAUGAUGGAAUGAUAGAAAUGAUCCUAGGUUUAACAGACAGAGUCGUUCGUUCUUACAGAUGGUUUAGCGAAACCAGCAAAACUGCCACAGACACAAACAACGAAGCAGAGGACGUAGAGUACACUGGCAAACUGAUAGCUCUAAAUAAAUGGGAAUGUGCUAAUCAAAUAGGCUCAAUUACGCUUCACCAUACUGCCGAUGGAAAACCAUCCCUCCUUAUAGCUCAACCUGGUGGAACUUUUAUGAGAAUACGAUGUCAAUCUGAUGACAGUAGUCAUCCUCAAGAGACCUUGGAACAAAGUGGAUCAAGUGGUGAUAGUAUGCCAGGCUCAGCCAUAGAUUAUCAGUUCUUAGGAAUCUCCAGAAUGAGGAACCAGAAUAUAUCCACAGAAAUUCUAGGUGAUUUUAAAACUGGUAAUGCUGGUAAUUUGGAAAAUUCACAUGAUAGUACAAAAAUCGCUCAAAAGUCAGACGAAAACAGUCAAGUCACAAGGAGGUGUCCAUACGCUGUUGCAACUCUAGAUGGUACAAUAAUGUUAGUUCAGGACGAAGUCAUCCUGUGGGCCAUUGCGGUUGACCACCAGAUUUUCGCGUUGUGUAGACUUGACGUUACCGGAAAUGGAACUGAUGAUAUAGUAGUGUGUUCUUGGGAUGGUCAGACGUAUAUACUGGAUCAAGAUAAAAAUUGCGUCAGAUUUCAUUUAGAUGAGCCGGUUCAAGCUUUUCACUGUGGACACUAUAAUCUUUCAGUAAAUGAACAGCCUGUUACUUGCCUCGUAUAUGUUACUUUUAAAAAUACAAUAAUUUUAUACUACGACAUCCCUCUUAGCGAACUAAAAUGUAAAAAAUACGAACCUUCUUUAGAAUUAUUAAGUGAGGUAUAUGUGAAAUGUCGGAAAACUCGGGAAGAAUCGAUGGAUAUUGUGAAAAAUUUAAAUAAAAAAACGAAAAAUCGUUUGAUUCAACAUCUGCUCUACAAUGUAAAGAAAUCAUAAAGUAGUACAAUGUUAGUUUAUGGGAAAUAUACAAAUAUGUAUUUGCAUAGAAAUAAAACUUUGUACAGAAAACAUUAAAUCUAA